GAAGUAAAUGCACUUAUAUUGGCCAGUAGAGUUCAUGUUUUGUGUGUAGAAAAACGCUGAAACUGUAUGUAGACACAUCGUUUUGCGAUGAGUAGACCCAACACAAAUUGUUUUCAAGUCUUACCGAAUGAUAGCAGAUGGCUAUCAAAACAAGAUUCUGGAUUUUUUCCCAAAUGCCAUACUGACUACUAUGUAUUUAAUAUGGGAAGACAGGAGGUGCUAGUGGAAGGAUGGUGGGGAACAAAACUGGCAUGGAGUGGGGUUUUAGAUGGAGUAAACCUGGCGCCUGGAAAUGGAUACAGAAUCGUAGUAAGUGAUAAGCCAUAUUUUGUAACAGCUGUGAAAAUAACAAAUAAAACAAAUGUAAGAGCUCUUGUGCAUUGUUCCGAAUUAAGCGGUUAUCCUCUGAGAGGACAAGGAACUGAAAAUAUUAGACCAGAUAUAAAUUCGAUUGCAAAAUACUUUAUACCUUUUGGAGUAGGAAAAAUUUCCGAAAUUAAUAUGGACUUUAAAUCGCUGGAAAAUUUUUUUUGGCAUAAAGGAGGUGAAAGUGUUUGGGACAAAAUCGCUAAACAGAUCACUUUUCUACUUAAUGAAGCGACGCAAAAAAGAAUCCAACAAAUUUUAAGGGAAGAUAUUUUGCAUGUAAGAGAUAAUUUAAAUAUUCUUCAAUCACAAAUAAAAACAUUUCAACCUUCCGUUGUUAAAGCGGAGUUUUUCAUUCAACUGGCUGAACAACUCGUAUUCCUGGAAAAGAAAUUCUCAGACUGCGGAGAUUCAGACAUUAACCUUAACUUCAACUUGUUACCUUUAUACACCGCAACAGUUAACUUCAAGGUUAUUUUAUAUACCAUUGCUUGUAAAAGACACAGAGAGGUUGGACUAAAUGACGAACAGAUCGGCAGAAUUCUCCAGUUCCGUGAAAAACUGAUCGAUGAUCCAUAUCUUGGUGCAGUGUCCCAUAUAACGAAAACAUUUGAAGACAAAUUUCAUCUUGAAUAUAGAACUUGCGAUCAGGAGCUUAUUUACAAUAUCUUGGCUACUGUUCGCACCUGGUGUGGCAUUAACGGAGAAGAAUAUGUGCCCUUCUGGAGGGCUUUACUAGAUAAGAAAGUGAAAAAUGUCUAUAAUGACGUUAUUACCUAUUCUACGUACUUUGGUAGACCUAGUCCACAAUUGUAUUACCAGUUAGUAACAGAUGACGUAGCUCCACCAUUACAACCUAGAAAAAUUAAUGAAAAGAGGAAUGUCAUGAACGGUAUCUACGUAUACAUCUGGAGAACAGCAACCAACGAGGGGGCACCAAAAAUAGGAGGACUCAAAAUUGUUUAUCAAAACGGCGACAGUGUGGAAACUGGAAAAGCUACCGGUGAAUCAAACUACGUGGAUCUUAAAAAAGCCUUCUUAAAGAAAGUUAUCGUUUGGGGCGGAGAAGGAAUCAACUGCAUCGAGUUUUACUUAUCGAACGGGAAAGUACAGUAUUUUGGAACCAAGGAAGGGUCGCCAAAUAGUGCUAAAUUUAAACUGCUGGGACACAAAAUUGUUGGGUUGUGUAUGAAAACUGAUAUACCUGGAUCAAAUGGACAAGCAGUUAAUAUAGCAGUGGCUUUUCAGGUACUUGAAAAAUAUGAAAAAUGAAUUAACAAUAUUUGUAAUACAUUUUAAAAUGUAAAUAAAUUUUUCACAACUUU